GAUAGAGAUAGAGAAAGAGAGACGAGACGAUGAUAAGAAACAUUCCCGUUUCGUCGACAAUGGUGGCGUUAGCCUCUGCCAGCGUCAUCUCCUCUAUUCAAGCUUCAGGCAAGCUUGGCUCACUUUCUCCUUCUCAUUCACCACUUCUUCUAGGCAGCGGCUUUGCUCGUCAGAGGCCUGCUCCACUUGUGAUUCGUGCCUGCAAGCCCUCUCUGUCUCAGGAGUAUCCAGGUGACAAUGGUACUGCCACAUUAUCAGAUUUCUUGGCAUUGCUACAAGGAAAGGAGAAACUUAAAAGGACAAUUUCUGUGAUACUCAUUCUUGUUCAAAUCUCCUUUCCACUACCUUUUUAUGAAAUGAAUUCAUGGUCUGCCUCUUCUGCAAAUGCCGUGCUUUAUUCACCUGACACCAAAGUCCCAAGGACAGGAGAACUUGCUUUGAGAAGAGCAAUUCCUGCCAACCCAAACAUGAAAGCAAUACAGGAUUCUCUGGAGGAUAUCUCUUAUUUGCUAAGAAUUCCACAGAGGAAACCUUAUGGCACAAUGGAAGGUGAUGUGAAGAAAGCUAUGAAGAUUGCGAAAGAGGAGAAGGAGUCAAUAUUGGGCAGCAUACCAGUGGAAUUCAAGGAAAAGGGUUCUGUGUUGUAUGCUUUUCUGCUAGAUGGAAAGGGAGGGUUACAGAAUCUCAUCGAGUCUGUUAAGGAUAAGGACCCAGAUAAGGUUUCUGUGGGACUCUCAUCAUCCCUUGACAUUGUCGCAGAGCUGGAAUUAUUACAGGCUCCAGGGUUGUCAUUUUUGUUGCCUGAGCAAUACCUAGAGUAUCCAAGGUUAACAGGUAGAGGAGUUGUUGAAUUCACCAUUGAGAAAGGUGACGGGACAACCUUUUUUCCCAGUGCUGGUGGAGAACCAAAAGGUUCCGCUACAAUUCAGGUUAUCAUUGAUGGAUAUUCUGCUCCCCUGACAGCAGGGAACUUUGCCAAAUUGGUGAUUGACAGGGCAUAUGAUGGUGUGAUGCUUAAAUGCACUAACCAAGCUGUACUUUCAGACAAUGAACUUGACAAAUAUGGUUAUAGCGUUCCAUUAGAAGUUAUGCCUUCUGGGCAAUUUGAACCCUUAUACAAAACAACUCUCAGUGUCCAGGACGGUGAACUACCCGUUUUGCCAUUAUCUGUGUAUGGUGCGGUUGCAAUGGCGCAUAGUGUGGAUUCUGAUGAAUAUUCAUCACCAUCUCAGUUCUUUUUCUAUCUCUAUGAUAAGAGAAAUGCUGGCUUAGGAGGGUUAUCUUUUGAUGAAGGGCAAUUUUCAGUUUUCGGGUACACAACGGUAGGAAAAGAAAUACUCCCUCAGAUUAAAUCAGGAGAUGUCAUUCGGUCUGCAAAGUUGCUGCAAGGUCAAGAGCGCCUUAUGCUGCCGAACAUGAAAUGAUUCCUCUUUACUUGCCCCUCGAACUUGUAGGUUCAUUCUGAGCAUUAAAUUUUUGGGAAGGCCAUAACCUAAUUUUCUUAGUUAAGGUCACACCCUUAGCAAAAUAUUUGAUUAUGUUUUUGUAUAUCUAAAUUACUUGAUUUAAUAAUGUAUUGGUGAAGAAUUUGUGCUGUGAAAUUUGCUAGGAUUUUGUAUGAAAGGAAGGACGCCAAGUACUAUAGAUUCUCUUGUGUUUGAUGUAGGAUCUUGAAUCGUGGUGUUCACCUUUGACAAUUAU